CAGCUAGUUAUUUGUGUCUUUGCAGAGAUACUGCAGUCAGACAGACCCAACCUGAGGAGGACACAGAGUGAGGAGACUCCCGGUACAGCUGGAUCUCAUAGCAGGAGUAACAGGCACUCAGUGGGGGGUUCGCAGGGGGGCUCCCUGACUAAUGGGGAGCUGAAUGGGGAGCAGAUCCCCGGGUCGGGCUUGUCCGGUUGCUGCCGCUCCUCCAAGAGUCACGUCAGCCCCGGAAGCAGUGCAGACAAAGUUGAGCUGACGUCUAAUGGGCUGGAGGGCGGUCGGGGGGGUGUGGCUAGAAACACGCUCUCUCCGUCGUCCCCGUCGGGCUGUUCCCCGGCCGCCAGCAGCAGCAGCAGCAGCCCCUCCCCGGGUCAGGACGCCCUGGGUCCUGCCGAGCCAGUGGAGCCCGGCCCAAACGCCGGCACCGAGCAGGCCGGCAACAGCGCCACAGAGCCACCCACAGACUCGCUCCCGGCGGGCUGGGAGCAGAGGGUGUUGCCUCACGGCAGGGUGUACUACGUGGACCACAACACCAAAACAACAACCUGGGAGAGACCGCUGCCUCCAGGCUGGGAGAAGCGAGUGGACCAGCGGGGCAGGUUCUACUACGUGGACCACAACACCAGAACCACCACAUGGCAGAGGCCCACGGCGGAGUCCGUGCGCAACUACCAGCAGUGGCAGAGCCAGCGCAACCAGCUGCAGGGCGCCAUGCACCAGUUCAGCCAGCGCUUCCUCUACCAGCCGUCCGGAGCUCCGGUGGAAAAUGACCCUCUGGGCUCGCUGCCUCCUGGAUGGGAGAAGCGUCAGGACAAUGGCAGAAUCUACUUCGUCAACCACAACACGCGGACGACGCAGUGGGACGAUCCUCGGACACAAGGGAUGAUCAAGGAGCACCCCCUGCCCCCGGGCUGGGAGAUGAAGUACACCGCCGAGGGAGUCCGAUAUUUUGUGGACCACAACUCGCUCACCACCACCUUUAAAGACCCCCGACCCGGGUUUGAGUCAGGCUCACGGCAGGGCGGUUCACCCGGUGCUUACGACCGCAGCUUCAGGUGGAAGUACCACCAGUUCCGUUUCCUGUGCCAUUCCAACGCCCUGCCCAGCCACGUCAAGAUCUCCGUGUCCAGACAGACGCUGUUUGAGGACUCGUUUCAGCAGAUCAUGAAUGUGAAGCCGUACGACCUUCGCCGCAGACUCUACAUCAUAAUGAGAGGAGAGGAGGGGCUGGACUACGGCGGCAUCGCCAGGGAAUGGUUCUUCCUGCUGUCCCACGAGGUGCUGAACCCCAUGUACUGUUUGUUUGAAUACGCUGGCAAGAACAACUACUGUCUGCAGAUCAACCCCGCCUCCUCCAUCAACCCCGACCACCUCACAUACUUCCGCUUCAUCGGGCGGUUCAUCGCCAUGGCUUUGUACCACGGGAAGUUCAUCGACACCGGCUUCACGCUGCCGUUCUACAAGCGAAUGCUGGACAAGAAACCUACGCUCAAAGACCUGGAGUCCAUAGACCCCGAGUUCUAUAACUCCAUCAUGUGGGUCAAAGAGAACAAUCUGGAGGAGUGCGGCGUGGAGCUGUACUUUGCACAGGACAUGGAGAUCCUCGGGAAGGUUUCCACCCACCAGCUGAAGGACGACGGCGAGAACGAGCUGGUCACCGAGGAGAACAAGGAGGAGUACAUCAGCCUGCUGACGGACUGGAGGUUCACCCGCGGCGUGGAGGAGCAGACCAAAGCCUUCCUGGACGGCUUCAACGAAGUGGUUCCUCUGGAGUGGCUCCGCUACUUCGACGAGAAGGAGCUGGAGCUGAUGCUGUGUGGGAUGCAGGAGAUCGACAUGGCCGACUGGCAGAAGAACACCAUCUAUAGACAUUACACCAAGAACAGCAAGCAGAUCCACUGGUUCUGGCAGGUGGUGAAAGAGAUGGACAACGAGAAGAGAAUCCGUCUGCUUCAGUUUGUAACGGGAACCUGUCGGCUGCCUGUCGGAGGCUUCACUGAGCUCAUAGGAAGUAACGGUCCCCAGAAGUUCUGCAUAGACAAGGUGGGGAAGGAGACUUGGCUUCCAAGAAGCCACACAUGCUUCAACCGUCUGGACCUGCCGCCCUACAGGAGCCUGGAGCAGCUCCGAGAGAAACUCAUGUUCGCCAUUGAGGAGACGGAGGGAUUCGGACAGGAGUGACAUUGGAAAAAGAGACACGGGCCGCUGAAAAAGAAAACCGUUCAUUCAAUGGAAUAGUUCUUUUGUUAUUAAUAUUAUUAUUUUUUUGCAUUUGUUAAUCACAGGGCUGACAUAUCAUCUACGGCCCUCUCACCUGGAGGGGAUGAUGUCUGUGAGCCGAGUCAUGGGUUAAAGUCGCAGUGUGUGUGCUCUUGCCUGUGUACGUGUGUGUGGUUGCUCACAUUGAUGAUGUUGUGUAUAUGCAUAAAAAUGGUGUGUAUGUCUAUGUGGGUUUGACAGGAAGGCACAUACAGAGAGUUAUAUUUGACUAGAGUACCCCCCCCCAACACAUACACCUCUACUCACCGCUUAGAAACGCACCGAAAACCAGACAACCGGAUGGUUUUAACGUCGGCAGCGACUCACGACGGCAGCACAGCUACCCGCAAAUGCAGUAUAACAUAUCUACCAGAGAGAACUACAUUUUUUUAACAUUCUAAAGUGACGACAGACAGACAGAGAGACCGACAAACAAACAGACAGAGAGACCGACAAACAAACAGACAGAGAGAGAGGGAGUGCGUGUCUGUGUGUGUAUACGAGAGACAGAGAGCCGUUAUCAUGAGAUAGUGAACCUCUGUUAGAGAGAUGAGAUGUGAUUUUAUUUUUUAUUUUUCUGUUACUUGUGAAAUUCAGCAUUUUUUCCUCUGUACAUAACUAAAAUAAAUGAAUUUCAAUCUG